AUGGACGCGGGUAUUGAGAAUGAUAAGCAGGCAGUGCGGAAGCAAUUGGCUAUUGGGGAUUUUAAUCCGGAGGAGCCGAGUGCUACAUCGCAGUCAACGCAGGCGAUGCAUGCUGCUAUAAAGGCUUUCUUAGAUAUAGAUUUCGCCUCGUACCUCCGCUUUGGUGAGUUAGACUUGACGGGACUUUGUCAACUCUGUUUGGAUCCUUCAGCGGAGGAACAUCCUCUAAUGGGUCCUUCAGGGGAAGAUGGACCUUCUUCUGCUUCCUCUGGCAACUGA